UCUCGCAAAUGGGGCCGGUCUAAUGGAAAACAACUUUGAUCUGUCAAAAUAGGGACAGGGGACCAGCGAGAAGCUUGUUUGAAGGACUUUCGGGGCCCGAUUCGGCGGUCGAAACGGCCCUCAUGUAGGUGAACGAGGGCCGAGUUCGACUCUCGACCGCUCACGCCGCAUCCCCGAGCCAGCCAGGCUCGGAAUGCGAAUAGCCGGUUUUUUGACAGAAGAAGAAGAAGUUUGAUUGGAACAAAAGUAACCAUGGGGUGCUGCUGCAGCAAACCAAAUCCCGCUCGGAUGACUCUAGGCGUGGAGGGAAAACCGUCGAGCAAUGACUACGUGACCGAGGGCAACCGGAUGCGGCAGAGAAACGCUCAGCCAUGUGACCACAUCAGGGUGCAGCGCAAACACGACGUUGAAAUGUCCGAGUUCUCCACCGGCAGUCACAAAAUUGUGGUUGGAGUUUUCAACUACCAGGCCAGAGAAUCGUCUGACGUUUCUUUCAACAAGGGAGACAGAAUGCUCGUUCUUGACGAAUCGGAGUCUGAUUGGUGGCGAGUUAGACAUUUGAAGACCAACCACGAGGGUCUCGUUCCCUGGAAUUACGUCGCUGAGGAACGGUCCAUUGAGAGUGAAGACUGGUUCUUUGGGAAAAUUGUGCGCAAAGAGGCCGAGAAACUGUUGCUUGCGCCUGAAAAUGCCCGCGGGACCUUCUUGAUACGCAACUCGGAGCACAAUCCAAGUGGCUUCAGCCUCAGUGUCAAGGACUGGGAGGAGAUGCGCGCGCACCACGUCAAGCACUACAAAAUCAAAUCCCUGGACAACGGCAACGGAUUCUACAUUGCCACCAACCACGUCUUUCCUAGCCUCCAAAGCCUUGUUCAAGCCUACAGCAAAAACGCACUUGGACUUUGCCACGUUCUAUCAAGACCUUGUCCGAAACCAAAGCCGGAAAUGUGGGACUUGUCUCCCAUGAUGCGGGACCAGUGGGAAAUCGACAGGAACGAGAUCACUUUAGUCAGGAAACUCGGCCAGGGCAAUUUUGGUGAAGUCUGGCUCGGAAACUGGAGAGAUUUGCCAGUGGCCGUAAAGACUCUGAAGCCAGGGUCAAUGUCCCCGCAAGCGUUUUUAGAGGAGGCUGCCAUCAUGAAGAAAUUCAGACACAACAGACUGGUCGCUCUGUACGCGGUUUGCUCGAGGGAAGAACCCAUUCUGAUCAUUCAAGAAUUCAUGAACAAAGGAUCUCUGCUGGACUAUUUGAGACACGAAGGGAAAGAGAAUCUCUCACUCGGCGACUUGAUCUACGUUGCUGCUCAGGUUGCUAGUGGAAUGCAGUACUUGGAGAAGUUGAACCUCAUACACAGGGACAUAGCAGCUAGAAACAUUCUUCUAGGAGAUAACAAUGUGGCCAAGAUCUGUGACUUUGGCUUAGCAAAGCUCAUCGAAGACGACGAGUAUUGUCCAAGACAAGGCGCUCGCUUCCCAGUCAAGUGGACGGCACCCGAAGCAAUCAUUUACAACCGGUUCACGAUCAAGUCGGACGUCUGGUCUUACGGAAUUCUGCUGAUGGAGAUCUUCACGUACGGUCAAGUGCCGUACCCCGGCAUGAACACCAGGGACGUCAUCGAGGCCCUCGAACGAGGCUAUCGAAUGCCAAAGCCCACGUCCGUUCCACUGCCCGACGAAAUAUACAAUGUCAUGCUGAUGUGCUGGGACAACACGCCCGAAAAAAGACCCACUUUUGAGUUCCUGCAGCACUUUUUCGAAGAUUUCAACGUCACUUCGGAAAUCCCGUACCGAGAGAUUUAAACAAACACCUGUCUAGAUUUUUAAAUUGUAAUUCCGGCUGCUCUUUGAGUCAAUUUUUAUCUAAUUUCUAGUUGAAAACUGUGCAUUGCAAUCAUCUAUUCUUAUUUUUACUUGUAUUGAGCAGUUCCUUUUUCUCUCUGUUUCACGGCAGCGUUUGAGUGAUUUGUGUUUCUGAAUGUUUUCCACGAUUUCGGCACCUUGCAUGACCAAUAGUCAAGGGCAUCAAAUCACUGUGUUCAGAACCAAGAAUAAUAUAAUAUAUUAUUAUGUGUACAAAGAUUAAACUCUAUUUACGACGGGGAAUCAAAAUUCCGCCAGCAAACACAGGAUUCAGGAGCUUUAGUCUCCGAAAUUUGGAACAAUAAUCGGAACACGCAAUGCAUGUGAAAUUGGUAAGCGAGCUUCAAAAUCUUCCCACCACGUUUCAGGCACAAACUCUUUUAAUUGUAAUUCCAAAGCUUCAUUUGCUUUAUUGAGGGCAUUUAAAAUGAAUCAAUUUUUAUAUGUAUGAAAAUAUUCAAUCUCGAGUUCCUGACGCAAAGCUGCUGUUACACUUUUGCGCAGCUUUUCAUUGAAGCAACAGAUAAUUUCAAUCUGCUUUCACUUUCAGUCGUCCAGAGAGUUAAUUAAAUUGCGUAAUUAUUUAAAAUGACAAAAGUUUAGAGAUAAUUCUUAUAAGUCAGCGUGUGUUUGUGUACAUAUAAAUGUGCUUGUAAAUAUUUUUCUAUCCAACGAAAUUUUAUCCUUGGAGCAGUGCGACAACUUUUUUAUUUGAUUUUACGGGAAUGGCAAAAAUAUAUAUAUUCUCAAACUCUUGAAUCGCCAAAAAUAUUAAUUAUAAUACUAUGCGUUAAUUAAGAGUGUGAAAUAUUCUUAACUCGGAGGCACAACAAUUGUUGUCAAGCCAAUUUUCUUCUCACAAAAACUGAACUUUGUAUAUAUGAUAAAAUUAUAUUAUGGUUUAAUUGCUCAUCUCAUUCCAUCUUGUGAGUGUGCAUUGUUGGAUGGAGAAUGUGAAAAAAUCUCUUGCAUAAUAUCAUAAUUAAAAGUAGCUAAACUUCAUCAUUGCGUAUACAAACAAGGAUUAAGACAUUUUUCAAAUUUGCCAUUUCAAUAUACUUGUAGUGUUUUGCAAGCAUCAUGCCAUCUUAGAAUGUUUUUAUUGGUUUCUUUGUAUAUCAUUAUUUGAUGUGACCGUAAAACGCGUAUGUGAUAUAUGUGCUAGUAUUUAUAAAUAAACAUACUACAAUUUGCUACA